AAGGGGAGACAACAACAAGCGCUAAUCAUAGCGGGCACGGUCGACGAGUCGACUUCGAGACUCCGGCGAGUCAACACUCGUGUUUCUGUACGCCUUGUUUGUUUUUUAUCGAUAAGUGAUUUUCGAAGUUUUUUGUGGUUCGAUCAACUCGAUCGAAUACUGCACGACACUCGAACGAAUUUUUCGUGUCGAAUGUAAAAUAAAAUACGUUUGGGAGCUGCGAGCAGUACAAAAGCUCCCCGCAGGCAAACAGGGCGCUAGUGCAGCGUCCGAAGCGUCUUCCGUGGUGUCGUCGCCGGUUUUUUUUCAAUUGACCUGUGCAUAAUUAUCGAGACGGUCUUACAUGGGGGUUCGGCGGAUCACAGACGCGGGGAGGAUCGACACCAUAAGGCGUCCAACGCCACGCGACCCCAUCAGAUCGACGUGCUCCGCUGAAUCGUAAACUCUUCGUAGAACGUUUCCUCGAAGACACGCGACCACCCUCGACCCGCCGAAACUUCUUCCGGUUUUAUUUUAUUUCUCAACACUUCCUUCGAAUAUUACUCGCCGUACGAGUCACAAAUAAAAGGUUUAAUGCGGAAAGAGUGUGAGUGAUGAUUUUGAGUGAAAAUUUAAGUGGUUUUGAGACUUAAGAAAAUCAUAGAAAUUAUCAUUUUCUCGAGAAAUGCAGUGAAGAAAAAAAACGUGAAAUUUUAUAAAAAUUAACAAUUGUUCGAGGGAAUAAAGGAAAUUUAUAUUAUUAUUGUUUCAUGAAGUGAAACAGAAGAAAAAUUCUUAAACAAUGAGCGGGUUCAAGCGAAUGCAGAGCAAAGUGUUUUGGGGGCAAAUGGCUGCCCAAGACGCGAUUGAAAGUUCGCCGUUGAUAGGUGGCAUUUCGGCGUCUUCGUCGGUCGCCAGUUUGCCAAAUGCUUAUUCAAAUUUCGGGAUGCGCCACGACGAUAGCGAGACGAGUCUCCGCGACAGUGAUGCAUCCGACGGAAACGUAACCGCUAUACGAGUCAGCGAGCUCGUUCUCGAACGUGAUAAUCAGCCGAAUGACUCUUUCGAACGUAAAAGGAUGCGCGAAGAGGUCGCCCCUGAUACGAGCAGGGAAAAAUCGAGAGACGCAGCUGAUGGGAAGAGCGAAUUGGCAGUUGACGCGGCGGAGGUGAAAUGCUCGAGCACCGCGAGCCCGUGCAACCGUAGUCUGGAUUCCGGUUUUUCGGAUUCUGAAAGGUCCAACAGUCCGGACGUGUAUGACGAAGAUGGCACGCCGAAACGACAAAGGCGACGACGCCGCGCGGUGACUCGAGGGAGAGCGCAGCUUGCUCAUAGAAUUCACAGUCGUUUGAGCUCCCUGUGGAAAGAUAGCGACCUACCGCCAAAUCCGGCUCACACUUCGACCCCCAAAUCGGAAAGACAUCCGAAAGUUUUACGGGCGAGUCGACGCAUGCAGCCGAAAGAGAUUGUUUGGCCGAUCUCAGAGGAGGACAAAUCGGUUGAUAAAAACCGGUACGAAGAGGAUCAGGAGAGUUCACAAGCCGUGGGGAAUCCGACGACAUUGGAGGACGAGUGCCUCGGUGAUUUUUUGUACGCGAGUGAGCCACCGGAGGACGAGGACGUGAAUGCAAUAGCGAAUGUAUCCCCGAUCGCGAGUACGUCGAUUUUGGCACGUGAGGGCUCGUCCUCGCGAAUUAUUUCGUGGGAAAGAUCGUACGUUUUGUCGGAUGGUAUUGAUCGCGACCGAACCGCGUUGAGGGCUUGGCUGAGCGGUUUGGUGAUGGAAACGGAAGACGAGUGCGGAGCAACGUUGCAAAGUAAAAAUUUACCGAGGAGAGAAUAUCGCGAGGCGAUGAGCGAGCAGAGCCAGACAAGAGAUUUGAGACUUUUGACGUCAUCGGCGACUGCAGCCGCAACCGAAUUGCUCGUUCGGGCUGACGGAUUCACGAGACACUUGGAUCAAAUCGUUGAAAAAUUAUCGACUUUGGAAAAUGGACGAUCCGAUCGAGAAUUACUUCGCUCGGUAGAGGACGAAGCCUUCUCGAUCCUUUCCGAACUCGGCGCACCUCCACCCCGACGAAUUCAACAGGGCAACCUGCGCAGUCUACUUUCCCAGUUGGACAGCUUGAGGAGCGUUGUUGACAGCGCGCUGGACGCUCGCCUCGAUUUUUAUAUUGAGCGAGUCGUCCGAGGGCUUGAGGAAGCCCCUCAGGAAAGUGGGAGUGCAGCGCGUGGUGCCCUGGCAGCGUUAACGGCGUUGGGACUCGCUGGUAAUCGAGCGGGAAGUGCUAUAGCGCGAUGUUCUGGAAUAAGAGCACUAUUGACAUCACUCGUCUCAUCGGGAAGAUUGUCGAGCGACUUGAGAGCGUCGUCGUUGCGGGCCCUCGCGAGCGUUUGUUGUUGCCGUUUGGCAAUCGAGCAAUUCGUUGAAGAGGGCGGACCCGAGAUUCUGUUGGAUUUAUUGGCGGGAGAAACGACGCCGGAAAGAGAAAAAAUGGAGGCUGCAGCGUUAGUUGUACAAAUAACGGCACCAUGGACGAAUGCCCUUGGACUUGCUCAUCUCGAGGUUUUUGCGCGUGACCUUGUUGUCUUUCUAACUCGUUUAGCAGAAAGUACGAAUUGCAGUCAAACGCUGUUGCUAGCGGCUGCGGCGCUGAACAAUUUGGCCGAUUCGAGGAAAUUUAUCGGGCCCAUUGUCGCGGAAGAGGCGGUCCGAAAGUUAUUGAAAUGCGUGAAAAAAUCUUCCGGUGGAAACGUUUGGCUGAUGGAACAAGUCGCCUCGUUGAUUGGCAAAUUGGCAAAAAUUCCUGAGGCUAGAACUCACUUAGCCGCGGCAAGGGCUUCCGUAGCUCUCGUUUCUUUUCUCAGGAUGGUCACACCCGGCCUCGAAGAUGCUUAUCGACGCCUCGAACUCACCGCCACCCAAGCACUCACACGACUUUGCGUCCAUCCAGAAAUCGCACGACAGGUCGUGGCCCUAGGCGGUGCUGAUUGUCUCCCAAAUCUCUCUUACGACACCAAUUCCACCAAUGAAAAUAAUCCUCGUAAUUCUGCGAUCUUCCGGUACACGAAAUCCUUGAGGCGGGCUUGUAAACACGCCGCAAGACAAAUCGAUGUCGCCAAAGCUUGUGAUUAUAGCAUUAGGGAUUAAUUACUCAUUCCAAAUUAUUAUUAUUAUCCAGUAAACUCAAACAGAUAGAUUUUAAUUUUUGUACGAAAAUGCAAUCGCAUUGGAGCUCUGUAAUGAUCGACAUGAUAAUUAUUACAUAAAAUUGCACUUGUAUAGUCAUUGUUAAUUAUAUUUAAAUUUAUAUUUUUUCAAAUAUAUAUUUACCUGAUUUUUUUUUUAUCAAAAUACUGUAUUUCCGGGCUUUCGAGAAACUUAUUGAUGUGCCAUACAACUGGCCCUGAGUUACAACCAGUUCAGUCAUUAUUUUUACAGUUAAUAAAAUCUAACAAUAUGA